GGGGCGGGGCGGGACCCGGGCGCUCCGCGCGCACUCGGCCACCGGAGUGGUGUUAACAAUGUCUGAUGAUGUCAGUGACGGCUCAGGCGCUGGGGACAAAGCAGAAAUGACCGAGAUGCCCAAUAGCGCGUCUCUACCUGAAGACACAGACGUGCACUGUGAUUUGGCCACGAUCUCAAAUGAGCCAACGCCAGUGGACCCUGGGGGAGAUGUGCUGGAAGGUGCUGCCAUUCAGGAUGCAGACACUGCUACUGCUGAGCACCCCGAACGGCCCACAGAGACCCCGCUCAAUGGAGAAGUGGCAGAGGACACACUCGCAGAGUGCAUCGACUCCGUCAGCCUUGAGGCAGAGCUUGGAUCCGAAAUUCCCCUGAAAGAACAGAGUGAUCCGGCUGAGGGUUCUCUUCCACGAGAAGGAGGAUGGGCAGGCUGGGGCUCCUGGGGCAAAUCUCUGCUGUCCUCAGCAUCAGCCACAGUGGGUCAUGGGUUGACAGCUGUCAAAGAAAAAGCAGGGGCCACCUUACGGAUUCACAGUGUAAAUUCUGGAGCCUCCGAAGGGCCCCAACUCGAUACCGAAAACGGAGUCCCUGAAGGAACAGAUGCAGCCCCAGAUCAGAGCCCCGCAAAGAGCCCACCCACUUCUCCUUCGCCGAGCUCCGGGGGCAUGCUGUCAGCCAUCAGCAAUGUGGUUCAGAACACAGGUAAAAGCGUCUUAACUGGAGGUCUCGAUGCUCUGGAAUUCAUCGGCAAGAAAACUAUGAACGUCCUUGCAGAAAGUGACCCCGGCUUUAAGCGGACCAAGACUCUCAUGGAGAGAACCGUUUCCUUGUCUCAGAUGCUGAGGGAGGCCAAGGAGAAGGAGAAGCAGAGGCUGGCGCAGCAGCUGUCAGCCGAGAGAACCGCACACUACGGGCUGCUGUUCGACGAGUACCAAGGCCUGUCGCACCUGGAGGCCCUGGAGAUCCUGUCCAAUGAGAGCGAGCGCAAGGUUCAGUCCUUUUUAGCAUCACUUGAUGGAGAGAAGCUGGAACUCUUAAAAAGUGACCUAAUUUCCAUUAAAGACGUCUUCGCAGCCAAAGAAUUAGAGAACGAAGAGAACCAAGAAGAACCAGGCUUCGAAGAAAAGGGAGAGGAAUUUGCUAGCAUGCUUACAGAGCUUCUCUUUGAAUUACAUGUUGCGGCCACGCCUGACAAACUCAAUAAGGCCAUGAAGAAAGCUCACGACUGGGUGAAAGAGGAGCAGCCCACGGUGUCUGUAGAUGUGGCAAAGGAGUCCAAGGGGGAGACCGAGAAAGAAGAGCAGGAAGAAAACCCUGACGAUUCUCAAGAAGACAAAAAGGAAGAAAGAGCAACGAAGACCGUGGAGGAAGUUUACCUGUUGUCCAUUGAGAGUCUGGCGGAAGUAACAGCUCGCUGUAUCGAGCAGCUUCAUAAAGUAGCAGAAUUAAUUCUUCACGGGCAAGAAGAAGAAAAGGCAACUCUGGACCAAGCGAAAGUUCUAGUAAAAUUAACUACUGCAAUGUGCAAUGAAGUGGCCUCUUUAUCAAAGAAGUUUACGAACUCUUUAACCACUGUCGGGAGCAACAAGAAGGCCGAGGUCCUUAACCCAAUGAUCAAUAGCGUAUUGUUAGAGGGCUGCAAUAGCACCACGUACGUUCAGGACGCCUUCCAGCUGCUGCUGCCCGUCUUGCAGGUCUCCCACAUCCAGACCAGCUGUUGGCAACAUCCCACAUCCAGACCAGCUGUUGGAAACCACAGCCAUGAUGACCAGACCAGGUCGCUAGAGGACACAGCAGGCUGCAUUGCUUUGAUCCAUGCCCUUGAAGGGGAUGUUUUCUAUGCAUCUUUGGCCACCAAUAUCCAUUUGAGGACACUACAAGCAAUUUUGCACAGUGUUAAAAAUGCCAAUUUCCAGAGAGUCUGCAUUUCUCCUCACGUAUACGUUGUUUUUUACAAAUAAUUGUGUUUUCUUUCUGUUAAUUUAAACUUCUAAGACUUAUGUUGAAAAUUUCAUCUGAAAUGUGUUCACAAAUACGCAUGUCCGUUUUCCUGGUCCAGCUUGCUGUAUUUAGACAUUCAUGGGCAGACACUAGUCUUUGUGUUUUUGGAUCUUUAAGUUUCCAUCUUUCAAUGCACUAUUCUUAUAGUAUUAUUUUAUAUCAAUUCUUAUACCGAACGUUGUUUUGUUACACAACCGUCAUGAACGAAGAUAACACUACUAAUAGAUUUCGCCAAGUAUGGUAAAUGAGGAAACAUCACUAGAUGUUUAUAGACACUCAUUCUUGCAAUGAGCAUUUAUUGAACCUACUGUGUGCUCACAAUAAAGGAACACUAGAGAUAUUCUGGAAAAAAAAAGUUUACAAUCCUUAAAAUGCUUUAAAAUGUUCAUACAUUUUCUAAACCUUAAAAAAAUGUAAGGAACAAGGUAAACUGGGUUUUAGACAUUUUUAAAAUGUCUUCUUCUUCAUUUUAUUAGACUUUUUCACACUCCUUGAACUUUUUUAUCUCCAACUUUAUAUAGGGGGUGAAAAUGGAUAUGAAAAGGGGUAUUGAAGAAGAGUCAACACUGUCCUCUUACGAUCAUCAGCUGCCGAUGGCAUCAUUACAAAGCUUGGGGGUAUUCAAAGGAAAGAGAUUUUGAACAGCCCAAUCCCACAACUACAUUUAAAAGUCCUGACAGGUCGCACUCAUCCGCCGGUGACAAAUCUCGUCAUCACCUCCAAAACAAGACUGUGAUGCUGUUUCAGAACCCCAUCCAUGUCCCUCUGGACUCUGUCACAGAAGUCUUGCCCAGCAGCUCCCGCCAAGGCAAAUGAGCCUGGUCGUUUCGCAAAGGUGAAAAUCCUUUAUUCGCAUUUGCUUUUAUCCCACUGAUGGAAUGGACUGUCGUUGCUCUGUACAGACCGGGUAGGGAUGUUUUCAUUUCGUCCUGUUUCUUACCAGCAUUUCAUGUGUCUGUGUCCUGUAUUUCAUUUGGAUAUCUCCAAACAUAGCCAGAUAGAAAACAGACAAUGCAGUUGACAUCUGAAAAACAAUUCCCCGAGGAAUCAAUUAAAGAUGGUUUUUCCCCCUC